CCAAAAGGGAGGAGAGGGGAAAAAAAAGUUUCGCGCACAGCGAUAUGUAGGCGCACCACACUGCACUUUGGAGCAUUUUUAUUUUUCUUCUCGUGGUGUUCUUCCCCGGCGACAGGUGGACUCUCGAUAAUUGUCUCGUAAGAAGUGAAGAGAGGCUGAACUGAGAGGAGCAUAAGGAGACGACGGAGGCGCUUCAGCCAGCAAAGAAGUGCCGUGAGAAAGAUACAGUCUCUCUCUCUCUCUCUCUCUCUCUCUCUCUCUCUCUCUCUCUCACUCUCUCUCUCGCCCCCUUUCCCCUUUCCCCCCCUCUCUCUCUCACUUACGACCACAGCCGCGCCCGGAUCACAUCAGCACAGCGUUCCCUGCCUUCCUGCUAUAGCAUGGCCAGUUCGAGCAAAGCAACUUUAAUCUUGCUCAUCUAUGGAAUCCUAAUGCACUACAGCGUCUUCUGCACACCUAUCGGACUAAAUUACCCUAAGAUUAGACUUGAAAACGACGCCUUCGAUGAGGACGGGAAUUCUUUAUCCGACAUGGGGUUUGAUAGCGAUCGGAUUGCUAUACGCAGCCCAGGAUCGUUAAACGACGACGGCUACUCGUUAUAUUACCCGCCAGAGAAAAGAUCAGAAAGGCAUGCUGAGGAAGAAUUAGAUAGAGCCUUGAGGGAGAUCCUGGGUCAGUUAACAGCGAGACAUUAUCUGCAUUCUCUGAUGACAAUUCGUGCAGGUGGGGACAACAGCAUAGAAGAUGAAUCAGAGCCCUUAUCCAAAAGACAUUCCGAUGGGAUCUUCACCGACAGCUACAGCCGCUACAGAAAGCAGAUGGCCGUGCAGAAAUACCUGGCAGCUGUUCUGGGAAGAAGGUACAGACAGAGAGUUAGGAACAAAGGACGCAGACUUGCCUAUUUGUAGUUCCCAGAGCCCCAGCUACCCUCCUGUGUAUAUACAUCCAGUCGUUAAAUCAUCCAGAUAUAUCUGACCAACCAGUGGAUUGCGCCUGUGUUCUUUCAACAUGUAUUUAUGUAUGAAGUAAAGCCAUUAAAAUGAAUAUUUUAAUAAUAA